AUGGCACCAAUACAUACCUUAAAUAGUGGAUCUACUGUUGCCGAAAACUUUCAAGGGUGUGGAUAUAAAUUAGAUAGCACUAGAGAACGUGAGCUUGAAUCUGAACGUAAUGAGUUACUCAUUAAAACCGAAUUUUUUGCUAAUAAAUGUUCUGAUUUUAGAAAUGCCAAAGUGCUUGCAGAAACACGAUCAGAUGAACUUGCAAAAGAGUUGAAAUCAAAAAAUGAAAAAAUUUUACAUCAUAGGAUAGGUAACUAUAACCAUUUUUGUGUUAUGCGAUUUUGGCAUUGGAGCAGAAUAUUUAAUCAAGAAUAUACAAAGGUAAGCAAAAAAGUGAUAUAUGAAAAUUUUCAAAAAGUGGUAUACAAAGGUUACAAAAAAAAUGAGCUUUUACGUAUCAUUAAGUAG